GACCCACCCACACUCAUACGCUGAGGUUAUAAAUCACAUAUAACUGUGGACAUCUUUAGACGGAGUUAAGAAGUUAAUCCGUAACAAGGGGACAUCGGACCAGAGAAUGACAGUCGUUUCUAUGACUUAACUGUGUGUAUAGUACCCACUCUCUGUGGAGGAGAAAGAGUGUGUUCAGUCCGGCUCAGUGCCUCAGCAGUAAUGUAAUCUGAUGUCUUCACAAAGGCAAGAAGAGAAGACAUCAAAACACAGCUGAACUGAAGUGGCUUCAAACCAUAUACAAUUCCAAAGUGAAACCUGAAAGCAGUUAUCAUACAUCAGAUAUUUCUUCAACUACCCAAUCCAACUACUUAUUCAGUAUGCCUCUGUACAUCCAUGCCUUGGCAUGUGCUUUCGGUCUGGGCUCCUGGGUGUCCAUCAAUGGCUUGUGGGUGGAGCUUCCUCUGAUAGUCAAUGUUUUGCCGGAGGGCUGGGAUUUGCCCUCGUACCUCACAGUCAUCAUUCAGCUUGCCAACUUAGGUCCUCUGCUGGUGACCCUUGCACACAAAUUCUGUCCCGGGCGACUACGUGAAAAUCUGGUCAUCUAUGCGGUCUUGUCAAUUGGUGUUGUAGCUUGUGUCUUGCUUGCUGUGUUUUGGAAGAACACCACCGUGAUCCUCGGGCAACCUCAUAGCACAGCAUUUUUCAUUCUCACGUUUUUUCUCGCUCUAGUUGACUGCACCUCAUCCGUCACCUUCCUGCCAUUCAUGAUGCAACUUCCAGCCAAAUACAUCACCACAUACUUCAUUGGAGAAGGUCUGAGCGGUCUGGUUCCAGGGCUGGUGGCGCUGGCGCAAGGAGUCGGGAUGUCGAAAUGUGUCAAUGUGUCGCACGUAUCGGAUAACCUCACUGAGCCCGAACCUUCAACCUUCAUCAUGGAGACACAGUACCUCCCUCCUAAUUUCUCCACUGAGAUCUUCUUCUCCUUCCUGGCCUUAAUGACAGCAAUAAGCCUGGGUUCCUUCAUCAUAUUAAACCGUCAGCCUCGUACAUUUGAACUAUCCACAGAAAAUCUCGUCCCGGACUCAGAUGCUGUCGCAACAGUCUGCAGGGGUUUGGAGGGCCCCGUGGACCCCAAUCCAAAGACAAACAGUCCAGUAGAAAAGGAAAAACUGCUUCCUAAACCACUGCACUCCGGCUAUCAGCUAGCAUUUAUCUAUUUAAUGGUUCUGUGGGUGAACAGUGCAACAAACGGACUGCUGCCCUCAGUGCAGACAUUCUCCUGUAUACCAUAUGGAAACAUGGCCUAUCACCUGUCAGCUGCUCUGUCAGCGGUAGCCAAUCCAGUGGCCUGCAUCAUUGCCAUGUUUUUCCCUAAACGUUCAUUAGUAUUUCUGGGCAUCCUGUGUCUGCUGGGCUCUGUGUUUGGAGGCUACAAUAUGGCCAUGGCUGCCAUGAGUCCCUGCCCAUUACUCCAAGAUACACCUUUAGGGGACGCUAUUAUAGUUUUGUCCUGGGUGUUCUUCACUGGUCUGCUGUCUUAUGUGAAGGUGAUGGUGGGUGUGAUUCUAAGGGACCGGAGUCACAGCGCCCUUGUUUGGUGUGGAGCAGCAGUUCAAGCAGGCUCUUUGUUGGGCUCCGUCAUUAUGUUUCCACUGGUUAACAUCCAUCACCUCUUCCAAUCGGGAGAUGUUUGCAACACCAUAUGCCCAUUAUAAUAAGGGUUUAACAUGACUAACGGGAAUGAACUUUUACUUACUGAGCUAAUGAUGGUGACAUAAUGUUUAACGAACAUUUGGCACUUCCUUAGAUCUGCUUUCACGCUCUUCUCUUUUAUUUUCACAUUAACUUAACAUUUGUACUUUUUUUAAAUCAUUGUGGAUUAUUAUUUAUGAUGUUGUGAGUUCCUGAUAUCUGGAAUUAUCCACAAGUAUUUUGGGAUCAUUUAUGGAAUACCAGUGUAUUUCCUUCCAAUAUCAUAGCAAAAGCUGAUGAUUAUAUCAUUAAAUAAUUUUGCAUUGUAAAUGCUGACAAUUAAAUGAAUGUUCUCUGUUGAAUGAAUGUUCUCAAACAAGUAAAGCACUAUCAGUUCUGUGGUGUGUUGUCAGUUACAACUGAUAAUAAUUUUGGCUCGUCCCUCAAUCUGUACCUCAAUCAGCGCUCACAAUAGAAGUCCACAGACUUGUGUGGGUGUAUUGUUCUCUAUGUAAACCGUCCCUUUCUGUUCCUUGCACAUAUUAUGUGAAAGCUUUAUGGUUUAAUGGCUUCCAUUGCAGGAGGUUUUUUGAUAAAACGUGUUAAGCAUUUUUAAAAAUCUCAUACUUUCAACACUUUUUUAAACAUUUAUUAUAAUGCAUUCUUGCCCCAUAGACUACUACUGUAAAUGCAUUGCUGUACACAUAAUAUGUUUGUUUUAUUAAAGUGAGAUCAUUUUUUGGGGGAUAGUAAACACAUCCUGGAACAUGUCAGUCAUGACACUUUGUUAUCACUAGAUGGCACUGAUUUUCUGUAUAUUUUUGUGAUGACAGACAGCCUGGGGUUUUAAGGUGAACUAUUGCAGAAGGGUGUUACUGACAGCUUCAAUUUAAAAUGAAUAAAUA